UGGCCAUUCUCCACUGGAUGGCGAGUGGUACAAGAGGAGCGGGCUCUUGGAAGUGAAGGAUAAAGACAAGAGGGGAAGAGAGAGAGAUAGUUUGAGAGGAACAGAGAGAGGGCGGGAGAUACAGCACGGCAGCUGUAAAAAGGAGAGAAAAUCCCGGCCCAGCCUCUGCAAGCAUCAUUUCUCACAUCGGAUUUUAUCUGUUCUCGUCGCAACCAAUUUACGCCAAGAUAUGAGUUUCACCCACUGAAGUUACUUCAUGUUGAACUGACCGUGGUCCAGUGCCCUCCACUGUGCCGCCUCCUCCCAGUUCAGAGCCCUUCCGUCUGUCCGGUGUAAGCAGCCAUGACUAAGUCCUAUGAGUUUAACUGGCAGAAGCACCUGCCUGGCUUCAUGCAGGAAGGAGCCUCAUUCGACAGGUUUGACGAGGACCCGUUUCUGUUUGAGCCCAACUGUCUGGUAAAAGUGGACGAGUUUGGCUUCUUCAUCACGUGGAAGAGCGACGGAAAGGAGGGCCAGGUUCUAGAAUGUUCUCUGAUCAACAGUAUUCGAGUCGGAGCUGUUCCAAGGGAUCCUAAGAUCCUGUCUUUGUUGGAGUCAGCGGGGAAGAAGGAGGAGGAGCUGGAGGGAUGUGUCAUCUGUGUUUGCAGUGGCACCGACCUCGUCAACCUGUCCUUCAUGUACAUGGUGGCUGACAGCCCAGACACUGCUAGGGUAUACACUCAAUGCUAAUACAACAUUCAUACAACAUUACACAUAUU